UCCAUCCUCCUCUCGUAACGUUCGGUCCCGUUCGCCGUCUCACUCGUGGCCGACAAGCGCGGGACGUCACGGAGGCGGUGGAGGACGUCGGUCCUCCGCUCUUCGGGAGCGCGAAUCACGCGAAUCCGCAAUAGUAACGACCGACGACGUCCUCGUCCAGAGUGCCCUGGCCGCGCAGCUGCUCCGUCGCGACGCGCAUGGGUCAUUUUCCUCGCACUUGUCGACGCGUACCGGUUGAAGCAAGUUGAAUGGACGAGGGUACGAAAUACCGAGUGCCGAUCGGCGACGCCUGCGUGUCUAUGCGCGUGUGCUUCGACUCGCUGUGCUUCUCGUCGACGCAGCAGCAGCUCGCCGACGAGGAGGACGCCGACGCCGCCGUAGCCGCAGCCGCCGCCGCCGCCACCGCCACCGCCGCCGCCGCCACCACCUCGCCGCAGCUGCCGACGACGGUCGUCGCGGCCGUCGCCGCUGUUACCACCGCUGUCAGCAGCAUAGCCAGCACCACCGUGCCGCAGGUUGCUGUGCCGCACGUCGGCUUCGGAGGAGGUGUCCCGCUCGCCAGCAUGAGCACCCUCAGGGAACUGCAGGAGCUGCUGCGUGUCAAGGACGAGCGGAUCGUCGAGCUCGAGACGGCGCUCUGUCGUCGCGACGCCGAGAUCCAGGAGCUGCGGAGCCACCUCGACAAGUUCCUCAGCGUGCUGCCGUUCAAGUCGCCGUUGACACCGACGAAGCCGCGGCCGCGCAAGCAACGUGCCCAGGGUAUCUCCGCGGAGCCGCCGUUGCAGGAGCUCGCGCCCCUCCGGCUGGUCGACAAGAGCGACAGGUCCCGCGAAUUGAUCAAGGCUGCCAUAUUGGACAACGACUUCAUGAAAAAUCUGGAACGUACGCAGAUCCGGGAGAUCGUCGAUUGCAUGCACCCCGUUACGUUUCCGGCUGGCUCGGUAAUCAUAAAAGAGGGCGAUGUCGGAUCCACUGUUUUCGUUAUGGAGGAGGGUAAGGUCAAAGUGUCGAGAGACGGCAAAUACUUGAGCACCUUGGCACCAGGCAAAGUGCUGGGCGAGCUCGCGAUUCUUUACAAUUGCAAAAGGACAGCGACCAUCACCGCUGCAACCGAUUGCCAGCUCUGGGCCAUUGAACGGCCAUGCUUUCAGACUAUUAUGAUGAAGACUGGUCUCUCGAGGCAGGCGGAAUAUACUGAUUUCUUGAAAAGCGUACCGAUUUUCAAGAACCUGCCCGAGGAAACUUUAAUCAAAAUCUCAGAUGUUUUAGAAGAGACAUUCUACAACAAUGGAGAUUAUAUAGUAAGACAAGGGGCAAGGGGCGAUACAUUUUUUAUUAUCAGUAGAGGGCAGGUGCGUGUGACGAUAAAGCAACCCGAUACAACGGAAGAGAAGUACAUCAGGACGCUGGGAAGAGGCGAUUUCUUCGGCGAAAAAGCUUUACAAGGGGACGAUCUCAGGACCGCCAACAUCAUCGCUGACGAUCCGGAAGGAGUGAGUUGUUUAGUAAUUGACCGCGAAACGUUUAAUCAACUAAUUUCAUCCUUGGACGAAAUCCGCACGCGGUACAAGGACGAACUGGUGGAGCGUAGGAGACUGAACGAAGAAUUCCGGGAUCUACGGUUACAAGACCUUCGAGCACUUGCGACUCUCGGCGUGGGUGGUUUCGGAAGAGUCGAAUUAGUUCAAAUUAUCGGAGAUAACACGCGAUCGUUUGCUCUCAAACAAAUGAAGAAGGCGCAAAUUGUCGAAACGCGACAGCAACAGCAUAUCAUGUCGGAGAAGAGGAUCAUGGGCGAGGCAGACUGUGACUUCGUGGUGAAACUCUUCAAAACAUUCAAGGACAGGAAAUAUCUCUACAUGCUGAUGGAAGCUUGUUUAGGUGGCGAGUUGUGGACUGUUCUUAGGGAUAAGGGGCACUUUGACGACAGUACUACGCGAUUUUACACGGCGUGCGUCGUCGAAGCCUUUGAUUAUCUGCACUCCAGGAACAUUAUCUACCGGGAUCUGAAGCCGGAAAACUUACUUUUGGAUAGUCAAGGAUACGUGAAACUGGUAGAUUUUGGUUUUGCGAAACGUUUGGAUCACGGGCGGAAGACGUGGACUUUCUGCGGCACACCAGAAUACGUGGCGCCGGAAGUGAUUCUGAAUAAAGGGCACGAUAUUAGUGCCGAUUAUUGGUCCCUUGGAGUUCUUAUGUUUGAACUACUAACGGGUACACCUCCAUUCACCGGUGCCGAUCCUAUGAAGACUUACAACAUUAUCUUGAAGGGAAUCGAUGUCAUAGAAUUUCCCAGAUCCAUCACACGUAAUGCCAUGGCGUUAAUUAAAAAACUUUGCAGGGAUAAUCCAGCGGAACGUCUUGGAUAUCAAAAAGGUGGCAUUAGUGAAAUACAGAAACACAAGUGGUUCGACGGUUUCAAUUGGGAAGGCUUGAGAACCAGAACUUUGGAACCACCGAUAUUACCGCGAGUUCAAAGCGCUACAGACACUGCAAACUUCGACGAGUAUCCACCGGAUUCCGAUCCAGCGCCACCAGACGAUAUUUCCGGUUGGGACAACGAUUUUUAACGGAACUAGUGGAGGAUGUGUACAUAUAUAUAUAUGUAUAUA